ACAUCACUUCUCUCAGUCUCCAGACACGCACACACAGAGGAAAACACGGAUAGACUCAACAUGGCUGAAGCAGAAGACCACGAAACAACUUCAGGCGGAAUCUUACAGGAGAUUUUCACGUCCCCUUUGAACCUGACCUUGCUCACCUUGUGUCUGUUCCUGCUGUAUAAAAUCUUACGCGGGGACAAGCAGCCGGAGGUGGACGAGGCGGAGCAGCCGCUCCCCAAAUUGAAGAAAAGAGACUUCACCCUGGAAGAGUUGAAGCCUUACGAUGGAGUGCAGAGUCCGAGGAUCCUCAUGGCUGUCAAUGGAAAAGUGUUCGACGUGACCAGAGGCAACAAGUUCUACGGGCCGGAGGGGCCGUACGGCGUCUUCGCCGGCAGGGACGCGUCCCGAGGCCUGGCCACGUUCUGCCUGGGCGGGGAGGCCCUGAAAGACCAACACGACGACUUGUCGGACCUUAACGCCGCGCAGCAGGAGAGCCUCUCCGAGUGGGAGGCGCAGUUCACGCUUAAAUACGACUACAUCGGCAAGCUGCUGAAGCCCGGCGAGGAGCCGACGGAGUACACGGACGACGAAGAAGGGAAGGAAAAGAAAGCAGACUAAGAGAAUAAAAACGUGGAGAGUAGUGGAGGGUGGAAAAAGACGUGGAUGCCUUAUUGCGCUAUCUUCUGUGUUAUUACUGAAAUGCUGUCAAGCUCACGCGAAGGUUACGGUAGCUUACAUAAAUAACCAGUUACUAUAAACUGGCUCGUUGCAUUGUUUUACAAACUCUUCAUGUCAUGUCAAACUUGCUCAAAUAAGUAUGUUCAUGUUGAUUAAAAGUCACGGAUGACUUUAUACCGAGGCAGCACAGGCACAGCCCUUCUGGAAAGGAAAGGGGGAGGAGUCAAUCAGAGCAAAUGUAAGCAAUUAGGGAACUUUUUUUUUUUUUUUUUUUUUUUAAAUGAGUUGGACCAAGCGUAAUCUUUUCAUAUGAAAUCAUGCUUUUCUUUUUCCGCCGUCAUUCCAGUUAAAACACCACAUACUCUCCAUUAAUGUAAAUUCAUUAAGGUAAUAACUGUCAUUUGCUAAGGUUUGUACAUACAGACUGAAUGUCAUAAUACUGUCAGGCUGGAAAUGUUAUCGAUUUAAUAAAUAAACCAAUUUAAAUAAUGCAA